AUGGAGAAUAUCGGUGAAGAGUACAGGCAUUACUGGGAGACCAACAUGUUCCUCCAAACUCAAGAGCUUGACGGUUGGGGGUUGGAUGAGGCUUUGUCAGGAUACUACGAUUCGAGUUCCCCCGAUGGUGCUGCUUCAUCUGCUGCAUCUAAGAACAUUGUUUCCGAGAGGAAUCGGAGGAAGAAGCUGAAUGAAAGGCUUUUCGCGCUUAGAUCGGUGGUUCCUAAUAUCAGCAAGAUGGACAAGGCUUCGAUUAUUAAGGAUGCUAUUGAGUAUAUCCAGCAUUUGCACGAGCAAGAGAAGAUAAUCCAAGCUGAGAUAAUGGAUCUUGAAUCGGGAAUGCCGAAAAAGAGUAGUCCAAGCUGUGAUUUCGAGCAGGAACAACUUCCAGUGGUGCUGAGGUCCAAGAAGAAGAGAACAGAACAAAUAUACGAUUCAGUCACUUCAAGAAACUCCCCAAUUGAAGUCCUUGAGCUGAGGGUUACCUACAUGGGGGAGAAAACUGUUGUGGUGAGUUUGACAUGCAGCAAAAGGACAGACACAAUGGUGAAACUGUGCGAGGUGUUCGAGUCUUUGAAGCUCAAGAUCAUCACUGCUAACAUCACUUCGUUUUCCGGGAGGCUUUUGAAGACAGUGUUCAUUGAGGCUAAUGAAGAAGAGAAAGAUCAUUUGGAGAUAAAAAUUCAGACAGCCAUUGCAGCUCGUAACGACCCUCUAAGCCCCAUGAGCAUUUAA